AUGAACACCGAUUCAUUCAAACAACUUACAACCCGGAUCGGACGUUUACGAUUAAAAAGGUAUUGGUCAAUAUCGCCUUUGACAAUCUUCCUUGUUUACGCGACGACAUCAAACUAUGGCGAGGAAGAAGUUGAAGCGUUCCAUAUGGACUCGGAAAAGUUCAACAGAGAAGGCCAUGCAUUCUUCAAGGUCAUCAUUGGAAAUCUCAACGCCAAGACUGGACCAAGAAGAACGUCUGAAGAACGUCACAUUGGGAUCCACGGAUUAGAAUGGAACAAGCAGGAUGAGCGGCCAUCCGAGUUUAUCAUGGCAACAAAGACCGUUCAUGGUAACUCGGAAACCCAAAAUCCAUUCCUUCAACGUUGGACAUGGGGCUUUACCAAUAGAAAAUAG